AUGAGGGUGGUAUAUUGGCUGAUUACAUUUGCGGGACUUGCGUUGGCUGUCGACCCAGUCACUACAACAGGAACUACAGCAACUACACCAAAUGCUGCUACAACGGCCACGGCACAAACAACAACACCAAACACGGCAGGUACCACGGCCACAACACCCACAGCAGCCACUACCGGAACUACAGGCACGACUACCACUCCUGCGAACGCGGCCACUACGGCGACGCCAACUACCGGCACAACUGGAACCACGGGAACCACUGGUACAGGUACCACUGGGACCACCACGACACCAGCUAACGCAGUUACCACGGCCACUCCAACAACAGGAACUACAGCAACAACGGGUACAACAGGGACUACGACAACUCCGGCCGCAGCAGCUGCCGCAACCACUCCAACCACCUCGACGUUGACAUCCGCGUCUACCAACAGUGACCUCACUUCUACAGAGACCGGCUCAACGACUGCAUCCCCUACUAUUGCGUGGCGUACAACUACGGAGGCUGGUGUUAUCAAAACAAUAUCGAUCACGUUCUCGCAGAGUUUCUACUCCUUGUAUUCUACUAUUGGGUCGUGGUCAACGGGAUCUGUUGGUUUGGGGAGCUUAGCUACCUCGGGACAGACUGUGGGCACAGUUAAACAAUACCGCACUAUUACUAUCUCAUCGACGGCAACUAAAUGA